AUGCUCGCAGACAACGUCAAGAUGGUCAGCCUCUCGACUGCCAGCCACUGCACACUCAGGCAGAGGCCCCAGCAGCAUUUGAACGCAGAGAACGACAACGGCAGCAAGAGCGCGAGUGAGCUCAAAGCAGAGAGGCACGGCACGAAGACCCGCCUGCUGCUCGCUGACUACCGAACUCUCAGAGCUGCAGUGAAGCUGGCGGUCACACGAGGGAAGACAGCCCAGCUGGCAGCGAGUGAGCACCAGGAGCGAGAGAGCGAGCUGCCCAGGGUCAGCUUCAAGAUUCCAACCUGCCCACAUCAAAUGCUGGGGCACCUCCUCCAUCAAAUUGAACCCUUGCACAGCGUGCGCGUCGAGAGCGCGAAAGAGCUGCACGAGAGGGCAUUCACCAAGACCAGCAAGUGCAGGAGCCAAAGGCACCUCAGCCAUCAAACCGAACUCUUGCACAACGUGCGCGGCGGGAGCGGGAACGAGCUGCUCAACACGGAAACGAACAAGAUAUCCCAGUACGUCCCUUUUGCAGACUUCGAGUCUGCACUUGAAGUGCUUCCAGACACUCUCCAAACAACUUUGAAGAGUGUCCUGCGAAUGGAUUCCCUGUGUCUUUCAUCAGUGGGCCCGCCCUCUCUGUUCGUCAACAAUGUGGAAAUCACAUUACCCACCUCAAGAUCCAAACUCCAUGGUUGCGGUAUUUUCGAAGGCCAGAAAGGGCCCGCCAUGGCGAAACUGCUGCAGGACCAGCUCAUGACUCGCAUUGUAGCCAUGAUCGACGGCCUAUACGCACCUGCUUUACGAAAGGGGGCCCACGCCUUACCUACACUAACUCCAGAAAUUAUCAAAAAAUCCCUCACAGACGCCUUCGUACAACAUGACAAUCGUGUCCUUUACAGAGCAGUGCAAAUGGCAGAACUGAUCAAGAAGAAUAAAGUGUCGAGGAGAGACGCAAAAGCGUUGGUCGACCCCCUUUCCAGCGCAACGGCUCUCAUAACGCUAUAUGAUGACGAGCACCGCACUUUGUACGUCGCGCGUACUGGCGGCGGUGGGUGUGCAGUUCUUGGGAGACGCGUUGUCGAUCCUCGGGAUAAAUACGAGGCGCACACAAUUAGCAUGGAGGAAGAAGGUGCCGACGAUAUCCAACGCCCCACCCGCGUUUUCGGUGACAGUGCUAGAAAAUGGACUACAGCCGUUCUGCAGAACAUACAUGAGAAAUACCUGGGCCCACCACCCAUCAAUGACCACAAGCCUACACCGACGGCUGAGCCCAUCGUCUCGCACUUCAGCGGAAUCGAGCGGGGCGACUUUGUCGUAGUCGGCUCAGAAGGGUUAGGUGAAUCUCUGGACAGCGAGCAAGUCGUCGGGCUAGUCGGGCAGUGGCUCGAGGAGCGAGGCGUCAGAGAAGUGACCUGCAGCUCUGACGGUACCCAACGCGAAGUGAUCCUCCCGCCAAUGGGCACCAAAGACCCGAAAGACCUGCGCGAAAGCACGUUCACUUCGGACGAGCUGCCCGUGAUCUACCCCAAGGGAUACGAGGACACGACGCGCAGAUACACAUCCUGGAAAACGCAAAAGCGGUUCAUAUCCCUGCCGAAAGAUGAGAACGUUGCCUCUCACAUAGUGCGAAAUGCGUUGGAUGGUGCAGACCGUGAUCUCGCGGAGGCGUUGUACCAGAUCCGGGGUGAGAGGGGUAAGGAGCUUCGGUGGGUCAUUCGGGCAUGGGUACUUCAUGGCCCGGAGCACGGAAUCGAGUGUCUUGUGCUAUUCUGCAACGAGAGCUGGCUCAAUAUCGGACUGGGGCUACAGCACGCCAUUCGCGACAUCCUACUCUCCUCCCGCCUUACCUCUCUCCACUUGAUUUUGAUCGACAACCUUCCAAGAAAUAUUCUUAUCGGAACUCACCUCAAAGGGAUUAUACUGGUGCAGUGCUUUGUCAGUGAUGAGGAAGAUACCUUCUACUAUUCCUCUCGCUAUCCCGCUGCCAGCCCCUUGUAUCCUCAACUCGAUUCUGUCCAUGUUGAUGGCGAUGUCACCUCACUUUUUGAGGGCGAACAAACCAAAGGGGAACAUAAAAUUCUGCUGCCUUCGGCGCUUUUCGCACUUAGAAAGCUGAACUGGACGACGGAAUUGCGGGAUGCUGAUGGGGUUUCUGCCAUUCUUUCGCGAGUCAGCAAUACUCUUGAGGAUCUUGAGAUCAAAAUAGGGCAAUAUGCAGGUUCAAUGCAAGCGGAUAUGUUUGAUCUCACUCACAUGAAGAAGUUAAACCACCUUCGGAUCCUCGAAGAGCGACAGGAAAUGUCCGACUAUUUUUCUCCUGCUGUCAAUAUUGGCGACUUUAACUACGACCUCCUGGAUGUCCUUCGAGUCCCAGCGUCCCUGCGACGGCUGGAACUCAGGUACGUCUUGGAGUUUAAGAAAGGCCCUUCCAUCAUUACACCUCUCCUCGAUUCCUUUGACGCCCCUCCUGCCGUCAACCAAUGGGCACGCCUUAAUGGAGUUCUCUCUUCACCAAGUUUCACAGCUGUCGAGGAGGUCGUCAUAGCCUUGAUAAUUGGGCGUUUCACGGAAGAAGCUCUUCCUCCAGAAACCAAAGACCUUUACAACCGGAUUGAAUCCCAGGUCAGAACAGCACUCCCAUAUUUUUCUGACUCGAACUCGACAUCUACGUUGUCCAUCAUCGUUGCGACACAGCAUGAAGUCUACCUUCAAGGUAUAUAA